UUAAGAAAUAAAAUACACAAUAACUAAACUAAACAAACUUUACUAUAAAAUUUGAUAUCAUAUGCAAGCAAAUAUCAGGUAACUUCUAUAGAAUGCCACAGCUUGUCAUCUGAUUUUUUUCCGAUUUUAAGCUAGUAUUAGGUGUCACAUUCAAUGUGGCAUCUAUAAAAGAGAAAGAACAGCUCGAAUCAAGUUUUAGUUUUCAGUUAAAGCUCCCCAUAAAAUGUUCAAAAUGGUAAAAUCCUGGGAGAGAGUUCUACUUGCUAUCUUACUACUGAUCAGCUAUGCCUGCAUCUAUAUGGAGUUCUGGAAACCUCGUUGUAUGAAACCCUUUGUGGAGAUUGGGAAUAGCUGUUACUUCUUCUCGACCAAUAAGGCACCUACCUAUGAGUACUAUAAGGUAUCGUAUAAUGGUCGUAUCUUCAGUGUUCCCGCUAUGCUUGACUGGCUGCAUGCGGGAUUUGCCUGCGAGACUCUCGACUCUAAUGCCAAGUUGGUGAGCAUCGAGUCCGCCGAGGAGAUGCGUUAUAUGGCCAACUAUAUGCGACGUUAUGCCCAUGCCAAUAACCAUUCCUUUUUCUGGAGCGGCGGACAUCGUGGAAAUCUGGGUGCAAGGCAAUUCGAUCAGCACUCUAUGGAAAACUUUUACUGGCACUACGAAUCGCUUCCCAUGAACUACACUAACUUUGACCAGCGAGAAGCGGAUGAAAGAAGCAAACGUUAUCCAAGUGGUUUCUGUAUCUAUCUGGACUUUGUAGAAUCUGAACUAAUUAUGCGAACUGCGAAUUGUAAACAUCAAAUGGCAUUUGUCUGUGAGCUGCCCUGGUUAAGAUAAUGUUUAAUAAUCCUUUAAAAAUAUAUAGUUAUACUUGGAAAAUAUAAUGGAUUCUUUUGUG